AAUACAGUGAGGGUUGACACCUCCGCCAACACGGACUCGCUCGCCCGCGAAUCUUACUCAUAUAUUUACUUAUAUUUUGCCUUAUAUUCCCCCUUAUAGUGUGUUAUAUUCUAGUGGCAGCUGUUGUCCCCUGUGUGUGGUGACCAUGGAGGGCGGAGCACCAGUAGUGAUCCUUGUGGCAGCCUUGUUCCUCACGGCCUCCGCUCCUGCUAUACCAGGUGGUGGCGGCGGGGACCCGGCGUGUGGGGCCCUGGGCCCUGGCACCUGCAUGGUCAGGGCCACCAAGUGCGCCCUCGUCACCAAGUUGGCCCAGGGCAAGAACGGCCCCGUCAAGGACGUCUUCGACUGUGCCGCCGCCCAGGGCAUCCCCAAGACCCAGGUCGUCAGUGUCAUUGGUGUUGCUUUCCAGUCGGGACAGCCUGAAACAAUUGUGGACAGAGUGAUCACCAAUGAUACGGCGGCUGCUCUCCAACUGCGUCGGUGUGUGUUGACUGCUGGCGGCCUGGUGAGGAUGAACGGGACGGUGGACCGAGCAGCGAUGGUGGGGAGGAUAGCGGCGUCCACCAGCACCCACCCGGCCGUCGUCGACACUAUCGCCGCCGCUGUCACCGCCUGCCCCGAGCCCCCCCUCAUGCAGAUGAAGACCUUCCUGACCUGUGUCCGUGCUGCGUGUAUCCAGAUGAUGCCCCCCAACACCGACUCCCUCCCCGCCUACAGCAGUGACGACGACGACGACCAUAAGAAGUGUAAGAAGGGUAAGAAGGGCAAGAAGUGCAAGAAGCAGUAGUGGUGGUGAGGACUGUGGCAGCAGCAGCAGGGGCGGCCAGAACUGUGGCCACUCAACCCGGCACCAACUUUUGUCCCAGGAAAAGUUACAACCUCACAUGUGCAGGAACCAGCUGUAUGCUAGAUGGACAAGACCUUCCUGUGUGCAGGACCAGCUGU